CGAAUCGAAUCCAAUCCAAUCCAAUCCAAUCGAAGAGAAAACGAAGCCGAAUCAAUCGCUUUGGCAAUCGCUUUGGAGGUCGAAAAAACAAGCACUGGCUAGAUCCGAGCAGGCCUUUGAAACGCGUGGUGAUUGUGGAUCAAUGUUCAAUCGAUCGAUCAAUCCAUCAGCACUAUCUCGAUCCGUCAAACGCUAAAUCCGAACACGGUAGCAACUACUGCAAUAGCGUCAAAUAAUUAACGAGAAGGCAACAACGAAGGGUUGUGGCGUCGGAAUGGAGCAACACGGAUCUGGUGGCGGCAGGAGCAACGAUGGCCAGCCAUCCUCGUUGGCCCGCCCGCCCGGAGAAGUCCACCCCCAUGUAAGUACGGUGAUUGUGCGUCAACCCAAUGGAUGUUCCCCGCUUGUGAGCUUGCUUUUUCGUUCGUUUGUUGGUAGUUGAGAAGUAAAGCCACAGCAAUGACUGYCAUUUCUUCUCCUCGAGGAUCAAUACGACGCGGUCGAUGCGCGAUGGAGAGCUGGAAGAAGCAACGGCAUCGAUUGCUCGAACCAACGAAUCGGGUCGAGUCGAGUCGGGUGGGGCUGCCAGUUUCGUUGCUUCUCUCGCUUCUCCGUUUUCUUACAAYAUCCUCGAUCCAUAUUGCCUUGCUUCUCGUUCACGACCUAUGUUCUUCUAGGACGUAAUGUGUGGCCGAGGUGGUCAGACGAACAACCACCCCGGGAACGAAUGGUGAGUAGACAAUGGAUUCCUCGAACGAACAGUUCCGGGUGGAURGAGGCGGCAGCGGUUCGUUCCUUUCGCGCCAUGACACGCCGUGUGUUCACCGUGUUCACCGUCGCGAUACGUUGGUUCCAUCAAAGAGUUCAUUGGAGGCAGAAGGAGGCGACCGUCACGCAACACAAUACCAUUCGAUCCUUCGUGCUUUUUGUUCAUUGGUUUUCUGAUCUUUUUUCCUCUGUCCGGUCCCGCGGCGCGUCGUUGCUGCUCUCUCCUUCGUGCUUUUUGUUCAUUGGUUUUCUGAUCUUUUUUCCUCUGUCCGGUCCCGCGGCGCGUCGUUGCUGCUCUCUCCUCUGGCGAUUAAACUACAACGACGACGACCAUCCCAAUGCUUGUCGUUGUAUUCUAAUACUCUGUUCUAAUCUAUAAUGUUAUAUGCUGUUUUGAAYAUACCAGGUUCAGAAGGCUGGUCCGGAGCAAUCGAGAUCUGUAUAACAGAUGCCCGAAACACACAAAAUUGUUGGUCGCCAAGGCCAUUGUCCAGGCAGUUCAGGAUCAAGUCCCGDGGGGGCGAUUCAUGAAAAUAAAGGCGGGCACAACCCUCUGGGAAGCCAUUCCAUACAACGAAGCCGUUGGCAAAACGUCCCAGGCGUUGMGGGAGCGAGCCCUUUCCUCCAAAACGAGAGCCGAAAAUGCCAGGGGCAAACGAAAAGGAGUAACAAAAAACACCAAAGAACGCUCCAACCAAGAGCGAGAGAAGGCAUUCGAAAUCGCGAAAAAAGUGGCAGAUCGCAUCAAGACCAACGGACUACAGCCGGCGUUGAACCUGGCAGAGUUGACGUCAGUUGCGAUCAAGUCUGCGACGGAGGAUCUAGAGCACCAUCCACCAAAGCGGAAGAGCCAAAAAMCACACCGACACUUGCAAAGCYUAGAGCAGAAAAACAAGGUGGCAGAGAAUAAACAACGGCAUCGUUGCGGUAUUGAUAAUCAACUAUUCAUCGAUCCCUACAAUAUUACAAGCCAAAAUCAUACAGAUGACGUCUCUUCACCAAUGCAAGCUUUGCGGAAUACGGGUUCACUUGGGGUCAAUAGUGAAUCGACUAAUGUUUUGUUGAUGUCGUCGUCGUCGUCACCCGCUACAACCCUAGCAAGCAUGGUCACACCCGGCUUUUCUACUUCUCAUGCGAAUGCCAACGACAGCAACAAGCGCAUGCGACUUUCGGCACAAACGGAAGGAGGGUCAGUUGGAAUGCUUUCAGGUGGAACAGAUAGUGGAGGGCACCGCAGGAUACAACACAUGGGAAGGAGGCUUGUGAAUAGGGUCACAUUUUCAGCGUCAGAUUCGCAAGUAAUGCAAAACAACUCCAUCCAGCAUCCAGCCAAAAUGACAAUGGCACAGUGGCAAUCCAUGCGUUCGACGGGCACCAUGCAUUCUUCGGCGGCCGAAACCGUCGAUCCGCUUGCUGCCUCGGUGUAUGAUACCGUACGUGCCGGUGCAACCUACUGCGGUAUGUGCAUCGAGCCGAGGCACUUUCCGAAAGCGGGCUCGCUGCGAAAYCCUUUUCGCUCAAACAUUUUCUCGGAGCAGCAGCGACAACAGCAGCGACAGCAGCAGAAGGUGUCGGAUAGUGGUAGGUUUUCGGGCAUGGAUGGACACGAGGAACACCAGCUAUGGCAACACGAUGCAUCUUCUUCGGCCAGCCAGGGGACAUGGCRGCCGAGUUACCAACAAAUGCAGCUUCGUCAACCAGAAGUUGGACAARAUAAGCAGCAGCAACCACAACAGAUGGCAGUACCCUUCUUUCCUUACAAACCAGAAACGCACGCGUGUUCCGGUAUUCUAGAAAUUCAAGACCAGCAGCAGGGGGAGGACACACUAGAGGAAAUUCCAACAGUGGGCUUGGCGAACGUCUGUGCAGACGAUGAGAUGGUUUACGACGAUCGGGCCAUAAUCCCAUCGCCACCGAAAGAUUUGAAAGCACACGUGUCCGACKUGUUCACCUCCUUCUUCUCGGGAGACAGUGCGCCGUCGAACAAUGAUAGAAAUACAACAACGUAUUCMAGCCAUGCCGAAAACGGAGGUGACUUCGCCGCACCCCCACUGAAAGGUUUGUCGGCACAGAUUUCUGAUUUGUUCACCUCCUUUUUCGGCAAAGAUCAGCGAUCUGCAAAUAACAUGAAUGGCAAAAGGACGGCCACAAGUGGCAACCGUGCUGCAAAUGGCGAUGACUGCGUUAUGCCUCCAUCUCCACCGAAAGGCUUAACGGCACAGAUGUCCGACUUGUUCGCCUCUUUUUUCAAGGAAGACGGAUCAACACGUGGUCGGAAGAACAGUAGUGGAAGGAAUAAGAACCAAAAUUUCAAUUGGAUAUCACAKAGCGCGGCUGACAUUGAUGAUAGCCCCCUCCCACUUCCACCUGGUGGUACCUUCGAGGGAGGUUUGAUGAGAAGCAUUUCGUCUUCUCUCUUUAGUKUGGUCGAACAUCCUUCGAUGGUGCUGAAUUACAUGAAGUCGUCGGUGUCCUCACCGGCCCAAACUGCUUUUACUUAUCAGAARCCACAGCAGCAGCAACAACAAAAACAUCGGCAGCCUGGAUUUGGGGAUGUAUCCAUUGGUGAUGGCAUGGCUGGAAACUCUCUCCUGGGUCAGAGAGCCGAACAGCGAAGUUCACUUCUCGAUGAUUUCGAAGAGACGCCUAUGGAACAACAACUCCGUAACGCACAAGCCAAAAGAAACCCGGAGAAAUGGAGUGGUUUCUGAGAGAAAAGUUUUUGGUACAAAGAGAGUUGUCAGUUCGAUAGGUCGCUAUUUCUCUCACAGCGUACCUCUCACCAAAUUCUCAUAAGAAAUUUGCCCAAAACGCGGAUAAUGCUCUCGUUUCGCUAUCUUCUACGAUCAACGAAUUUUUCAGUGACUUUCAUGCUGRCCAUAAUUGGUAAUAAUAUUUGGCUAUUACGAUGCAUCGCGUCCCAGAAUACUGUCAACUGUGUGACUGCUUUCGUACUAGUAUUUGGUUUUCGCGAAAGCAUCGGGCCCGUUGCGAUGUAGUGUAUGUGAGGAAAUCUGCUCGUGAGGAGAUGUGACACACCAAAAAUGACAAGCAAUCGUAUCGCAGAUGUGUUGAUCUCUCUCACGGUGUAGAUUUUGAUAGCUUGCUGUCACCUCUAGAUUCAUUUAAGUGCGUCGUUAUGACGUUGAUUAGUAAAGUAAAUCCGAACGCUCUCUCUGAGUGAAACCAUCUUUUUUACUGAUGCUCGAUUUAAGUCAUGCAGAUCUCUUUAUCUCUGGGAAGAGACAUCUGAAACACGCAUUUACAAAGAUUCCUCACUACCAGUYGURGAAAAUGUCGUUUGAAAGAAUAUCAAUCGUUGUGUAGGUUUUUCUUGAUCAUUUCAAUCAGUUCGAGCGAGUMUCGRUCUCUCGAAUUGAAUUUUCUCGCAAACAGAAACCCUCUUUCUUUAGCAAGACGUAGCUCKUCCAAUAACUUAUCACCGCGAAAGAAGAAAAAAUCCGGAUCGCCCGUGUUCUGGGAAUCGGUUCGAUGCCGCUCGAAGAUAUUUCCUUGCGUUAGAUCUUGGCUCUUAAAGCAAAUCGAGGCAUUUGGUUUCAGAAGAGCGUUUUUCAUACUSCCGUCACCGCACUUUGGUUCCCCUCCCCAAACCUGAAACAUGCUCGCUGCUUCCAUUGCCUCUUCCCCGUAACCAAUCAUUCGUGCAGCAGCGAUCCAAGUUCGCUCCUCGAGACAGCAACAGCAUCCAUACUUGGCUAUGCUCAACAGUUCCUUGACUUCUGGGGAAGCAACUAGUUUCUUCACCACUUUCUGUGAAAAAACCGCCUGAUUACCCGAGUUAGUUUUCUUUGUCAUAUUUGUUUUGAUAUUAUCUGGAAUCAAUGGCGUGAAGYCAUUUUGCUUCCACUUCUUUGUUCGCUGCGUAUAUUUCUGAUCUCCCGUCGUAAAGAUAAGACGUUUUCGUUCCAGGUAUCCCCAAUUUGCCCCUUCGCCAUAAUUUUGCUUCAGCUCGCCAAGCCAAAUAUUUCUCUUAGUGUUGAGAAAAUGCUUUGUCAGCUCCUCGGCCCCAAGCAAUGGAUACGCUGCAUUGCCAAGUGUUAACCAAUAGUCAUAUGGUACCUUCAGCUCCUCGGUCAACCAAUUCAUAAUUUGAUAGUUGACAGUAGAAACGGAAUCCGUUCUAUAAAUUAUACUUCCAAAU